GCCGCCGGCCUCACUCGGCCUCCCUGAUCCUGCGGCCGGGGGAUGUGGCGGAAUUCGAUGUGGUGUUUUGUCCCCCCGAGGCCCUGCGGUGGGAGGGGGCCCUCCAGCUGUCUGUGCUGGACAAUCAGUACGAGGAGACCGGAGUGCUGCUGGUGGGGGAGGGGUACUUGGAGGACCUGACCCUGGACAAUAUCCACAGCCCAGGAGGACCAUUCACCCCCGAAGGACAGCUGGAUGACGAUGUUGUGGAAGCCACCCGGAGGGAGCACGUCGUGUUUGGGGACUGUCACUUCGGCCGGCAAUACCAGGUGACCUUCACCAUGACAAACCGAAGCCUGACGGACACCAUGAGGUUCGAGUGGCCUCAGGAGGCCCCUCUGGUCUUCUCCCCUCAGGUCGGACACAUCCACGCCGGCUGCGCCAAGUAUGUGACGCUCACCAUGAAGUCUGACGUCGCCGCGGCACUGAAGAAGUCUCCGGUGAGGUGCAGAGUGUGGAGGAUCUCGUUCCCGCUUCCGGUGGAUCAGGUGCCGGACUGGGAUGACAGGAUGAGGACGGUGAAAUGGGUGGACAGCGGGAAGGGAGCUCAGCGCCCUACCAAGAAGAAGGUGAUAGAGACGGACCCGGAACCGACACACACACUUCUGGAUGACGGGUCCCGCCACGUGGAGCUGCUGGUGAGUGCGGCCGUGGACUACGCUCAGUACAAGGCCAGCUCUAAAGACAUCAAAUUCCGGGACACCCUCCUGUAUCAGACUCGCGUGUACAAGUUCCUGUUACAGAAUAGCGGUACUGUCCAGCUUGAGUUCUCCUGGGAGGUCCAGAUGGAAGGACAGAGCAGAAGCACAGAGAAGG